AUGGGACAUUUCAACACAAGUUUUGGAGGAGGCUUCAUUUUGGUGGGCUUUUCAGAUUGGCCUCAACUGGAACUCAUCCUUUUUGUAUUAAUCUCAAUUUUCUACUCCCUGACUCUCUUGGGCAACGCUACCAUCAUCGCUGUCUCUCAGCUGGACCUUCAACUUCAUAAGCCCAUGUACUUUUUCCUCUCUCACCUCUCCUUUCUAGACAUCUGCUACACCACCAGCACUGUGCCCCAGCUCCUAAUCAACCUGCAUGGACUUGACAGGGCCAUUAGCUACGGUGGAUGUGUGGCCCAGCUGUUUAUAUCCCUUGCAUUGGGCUCUACAGAGUGUGUGCUCCUGGUGGUGAUGGCCGUUGACCGCUAUGCUGCCGUGUGUCGCCCACUGCACUACACAGCCCUCAUGCACCCUCUUCUGUGCCAGGUUUUAGCCAUUACUUCAUGGAUGGGAGGCUUCCUGAACUCUCUGAUUCAAACAGGCCUCAUGAUGGCCAUACCUCUCUGUGGUCAUCAGUUAAAUCACUUUUUCUGUGAGAUGCCUGUUUUCCUGAAGUUGGCUUGUGAGGAUACAAGUGGAACAGAGGUCAAGAUGUUUGUGGCAAGAGCCAUAAUCUUGGUUUUUCCUAUAGCGCUAAUUCUUGGUUCCUAUGCACGUAUUGCCAGUGUAGUACUGAAGGUCAAGUCAAUGACAGGGUGUAGAAAGGCCUUGGGGACUUGUGGGUCCCACCUCUUGGUGGUUUCUCUGUUCUAUGGCUCAGCCAUCUACACAUACCUACAACCUAUGGGCACUUAUUCUGAGAGUGAGGGGAAGUUCGUUGCCCUUUUUUAUACUAUAGUUACCCCUAUGCUCAACCCCCUGAUUUAUACUCUUAGGAACAAGGAUGUGAAGGGGGCUCUGUGGAAGAUAGCAGGGAGAGGUACAGACUUAGGGUAG